AUGGCCGACAAUGUUAAUGGAAUGGUGGAUAACGAAGCGAAUUCUGUACCUAAUGAAAACUCUAACGAGAACAACAGUGGGGAUAAAUCACCUCCGCCACCGGUGACGCCGCCUCCAGCUGAAGUUGAGACUCAAGAAAUCAUAGUUAUCAAUGAGAACACGGAAGAAUUGGAUCUCAACCACGGUAGAAUUGGGAAGAUUGAGAAUCUGGAACCUUUGAAGCGUUUAGAAAGGUUGUACUUGAGAUGGAAUUUAAUUAAGAAAAUUGAAGGACUGGACACACUUAGCACCCUUGUUGAAUUAGAGCUAUAUGACAACCAGAUAACCGUUAUAGAGAACUUGGAUAACCUUGUUAAUUUGGAGGUCCUGGACCUAUCAUUCAACAGAAUUAAAGAGAUAACCGGUCUGGACAAUCUGUUGAACCUGAAAAAACUUUUUCUAAGCUCAAACAAAAUCACAGAAAUUAAAAAUGUUAAAAAUCUACCUAAAAUUGAACUUUUAGAGUUGGGUGACAAUAGAAUACGCGAAAUCAAGAAUCUCGACGGAUUACAAAUGCUCAAGCAAUUAUACUUAGGCAAGAAUAAAAUAAGUAAAAUUCAAAAUCUUGAAGCUUUGACAAAUUUAGAAAUUCUUGUCUUACAAAGUAACCGCAUAACAAAAAUAGAGAAUCUUGAACAAUUGACAAACUUGGAUCAGCUUUAUAUCUCUGAGAAUGGCUUAGACGCUAUUGAGAAUCUAGACUAUCAAGUGAAGUUGCAGACUUUGGAUUUAGCUAUGAAUAGAAUUACUGUAAUUGACAAUGUCCGGCACAUGGUCCAUUUAGAGGAACUUUGGUUAAACGACAAUCAAAUCUCAGAGUGGUCAUCUGUGGAAUAUUUACAAGAGAACAAGAACCUCACAACUAUAUACUUAGAAAGAAACCCUGUGGCUUCAGAUCCCUCUUAUCGAAGAAAAUUGAAGCUAAUCUUACCCUCAUUACAGCAGAUUGAUGCAACCCUGUGUAAAUAA